CCCACCCUCAAAGGAACCCGUAGUUAUCCUCUCAAUCAUCAUAUCAUAAACGAUCUCAAAAUAUUUGUAUAUCUUUCUUCUCCUUAUAACUUUCCAAAUAUUUCUUCUCCAAUCAAAAGUUUUCUUCCUUCUACCAUUGCCACCACCACCUCCAAGAAGUCAAGAACCACCAAAAAUGGCUGCGGAGAGCUCCACAAGCGCCAACGAGUACCCUAUCAAGACAGUAGUAGUUCUGGUCCAAGAAAACCGUUCUUUCGACCACAUGCUAGGGUGGCUAAAGACCCUUAACCCAGAAAUUGACGGAGUGACUGGACAAGAAUCCAAUCCCAUCUCAACCUCAGACCUGAACUCCUCCCUCGUUUUCUUCAGAGAUCAAGCUGCCUACGUCGAUCCUGACCCUGGCCACUCAAUCCAGGCUAUAUAUGAACAGGUGUUCGGCGUCGAAUGGACCGAAGCUGCACUAUCCAGCGAGAACGCUGUAUCCCCGAAAAUGAAUGGUUUUGCACAGAACGCAGAACGUACGCAGCAAGGUAUGGCUGAGACUGUCAUGAACGGGUUCAGACCAGAGGCUGUCCCGGUCUACAAAGAGCUGGCCAUGAAUUUUGCCGUUUGUGAUCGCUGGUUUGCUUCCAUUCCUACGUCAACGCAGCCUAACAGGUUGUAUUUGCAUUCUGCGACUUCGCAUGGUGCUACAAGUAACGACACCAAGAUGCUAGCUGAAGGGUUUCCUCAGAAGACCAUUUUUGAGUCAAUGCAUGAAGCUGGAUUUUCUUUUGGAAUUUACUUUCAGCAAGUUCCUACUACUCUUUUUUACAGGAACUUGAGAAAGAUAAAGUACCUAAAGAACUUUCACCAGUUUGAUCUACAAUUCAAGAAACAUUGCGAGAAAGGGGAGCUACCAAACUAUGUGGUGAUUGAGCCAAGGUAUUAUGAUCUUUUGUCGAUACCAGCAAACGACGAUCAUCCAUCGCAUGAUGUCUCAGAGGGCCAAAAAUUUGUUAAAGAAGUGUACGAAGCACUAAGAGCUAGCCCGCAAUGGAAUGAAAUGCUAUUCAUAAUCAUAUACGAUGAACAUGGUGGUUUCUAUGAUCAUGUUCCAACACCUGCAACUGGCAUUCCCAGUCCUGAUGAUAUUGUUGGUCCUGCACCUUAUUUGUUCAAGUUUGACCGACUUGGAGUUAGGGUACCAGCCGUUUUAAUAUCUCCUUGGAUUGAGCCUGGAACAGUACUACAUGGACCUUCAGGACCGCAAGAAACAUCAGAAUUUGAGCAUUCCUCAAUUGCAGCAACAGUUAAAAAGCUAUUCAAUCUGAAAGAGUUUCUAACCAAACGUGAUGAGUGGGCUGGAACCUUUGAGUCUGUCUUGACUAGAACUAGUCCAAGAACAGACUGCCCAGUUACACUGACAGAACCCGUGAAGCUGCGAUCGAGAGGGGCAAAUGAAGAAGCAAAUAUUAGUGAGUUCCAGCAAGAACUGGUACAACUGGCAGCAGUACUGAAUGGAGAUCAUGGGACAGAUAUUUAUCCUCACAAACUUGUGGAAUCCAUGAAAGUUUCAGAGGCUGCAAAUUAUGUAGAGAAUGCAUUCAAAAGAUUUUAUGAAGAAUAUGAGAAAGCAAGGGAUGGUGGGGUGGAUGAAUCAGAAGUCAUUGCUUUAGUCAAGACAGAGGCACUUGCCAUUAUUACCAACACUAGCGCAUCAUCCAAAUCUUUUAUUCAGAAGUUGUUUUCUUGCAUAGUUUGUGAUAAUUAAUUAAUGUACUUUCCAAUUCUCAUUGUGUUAAUAUUCCUUCCAAUCCAGAUGUUGUAUUAUUCACCUGUCUUUUGAUUUGGGAACCCCAUUUUCCUUUUGGGUUGCAUUUAUUUCUGUGCAUUUGUAUUCAGAUAUCAAUUUACUAAUAUCUGUGAAAGAUUUGUUAUUUUAUA